CUUCCUGUUUUAUUUCGGCUUAGAAGCAAGCAGCCGUUGUCAGUUUCAACAAAAUGGCUGCGUGAGCGCCGUCAAUGAGAAAUCACUGAAAGCUCUGUAUGGUGAUUACUACAGCUUGCUAAUAGCGAAUUAUUUUUAUUUUCACGGAGAUCUGGGUCAGUCUUUCCUCUCCAAGAAUUGGAUAUCUCAAGAAAUUCCUUUCUUGGAUUUAAAUUGCAUUUUUGCAAACUGGAUAGCUCGCUAGGCGCAGGUUUUAGCUAGCUUGCUAGCUAAAGCAUUUAUUUUGCACUUUAACAUAACAACCAUCGUCUUCGAUGUGAAGUCGCCAGAAAAAAAACUUGUAACUGCCUGUUUCGUUUUUUCCCCAAAUUGUAGUUAGUGAAUAGUUCGCUAGCUAUAAGUACUGACAUAGCUGACUAGCUAGCUAGCUAGUUAGGUAGCUAAGUUAGCUAGCUAGUAGAGCUAGCUAGCAAAGUAUGUGCUCCUGCUUUUGCUAGCUGGCUAGCUAGCUUGCUAGCAAGCUAACAGACAAACAAUUAUUGACAUCAUUUUCCUCUAGCAGCGCUUUAAUUUUGAAGUUCUGUUAUGUUCUUGGAUUGCUAAUUUGAAAACAAUUCCUGCUCGUGGAGCAAGUGUAUGCUUAAUUUUUAUUCCAGAUAGCAAACUCGCUACUAAACAAAGGCUGCUUAAGUAAUAUUUUUGCGAUUGUUCGCUAAGCUGGUUAGGCACUUACUGCGACUGCUCGCCUGAUUUGUCAUUAGUUACGGGUACAUUUCAGAAAAGAUAAGGGAGAAGAUGUUCUGCUUUUGUUUCUUCGUGCAACAAUCUUUAUUUUGAAACCUGCCAAAGCCCAACUUGUGAUUAUUAAGUCGAGAGAAGCAAGCAACACAAGAAGAGAAUCAUUUGAUGGAAGAAAAGAAAAAGAAAAAGCAAGAAGAGAAGAAAAAGAAGGACAGUGCUCAGAAAAAGGCUGCUGAACCGAAAACCAAAGUGCCAGAGUCGGCCAAGCCCAGCCCCAGCCCUCCCCAGCCUGCCGACCCCAGCGCCAGUCCCCCGGUCCCCGCGGCUAGCGGCAGCGGCAAUGGCAAGCGCGCCCCCGGCAGCGCCCCGCAGCCGCAGCAGCAGCAGCAGCAGCAGCAGCCGACGGCCGCCCCGCGCUACCCUCCCCGAGAGGUGCCCCCGCGUUUCCGCCAGCACGAGCACAAGCAGCUACUGAAGAGGGGCCAGCCACUGCCCGCGGGGGGCCUGCCUCUCGCCCCGGCCCAGCCCGGGACGCUCUCCCCCCCGCACAGCGCCCCCGGCCUCGCCCAGCCCUCCAGCAAGCGGCACGCAGAGCUGCCCCUCCCGAGCGGCCUGGGCGCGCAGUAUGAGAGCCCCCGCUGGGGCGGCCUCCCACCCACCAGCCAGAGCCAGGGCGGCGGCUGGGAUCAAGUGAUCAUCGACGAGAGCGACACCGAGGCGUGGCCUUCCAUUUCCCGCGGCGACAGCCACGCCCCCCCAGGAUGCGCCGCGGACACUGAGCGCGCCCCGGAGACCAGCGGCAGCAGCAGCAGCAGCAGUAGCGCGAGCAUGUCCACAGGGGGCGCCCAGCAAGGCCACUUCCCCGCCCACCACCCCGGCAGCAAGGCCGGCGCCGGCCACUCCGGGAGCGCGGGCCCCGGGCAGGGCGGGGCCAGCCGCGGCUGGGGCUCCGGCCCCGCCCACUGCCCCCCCGGCGAGGGCAAAGCGGACGGCCCGGCGGCGGCAGGAGGGCGGGGCCAGCCCUGCUGGAGCUCCUCCAGCUUCAACCUGAACCUGAACCCCAACGCCAACCCCGCCGCCUGGCCCGUGCUGGGGCACGAGGCGGGCAGCAUGGGGGGCAGCAACGGGCCCCCUCCCUCCCCCAAUCUCUGCAGCCCCGCGGGCACCCCGCCGGCCCCGGGCAGCAACGGCAAUACGGGCAGCGCCAACGGCAACGGCGGGGGCGGGGCCGGCGGCGCCUGGGGGGACGUGAUUGGCCCCGACGCCCCGGAGCCGCACCCCUGCCCGUCCACGAACGUGUCUUUCAGCGCCGAACCUCAGAACCUUAACACCGACGGACCAAACCACACUAAGCAGGAGCCCCCGAGCCCCGCCCCCAGCCUCCCCAGCUGGGGGGGGCUCCCCGCGGGCAUGGGCUCCCUGGCCCCGCCCCCCGGCCCCGCCUCGCAGGUCAACGGCGAGGGGGGCUCGGUUUGGGGCAACGGGGCGGACGCCAAGCCGGCCGGCCCCAAGGACUCGGGCUGGGACUCGGCGGCGUCCGCCUGGGGCCGCGGCGGGAACGGGGGCGGGGCCGCGGGGGCCUGGGGGCGGGCCGGGGGCGGAGACUGGGGCGGCAAGCAUUCCGGCGAGGCCAAAGGCUGGGAGGCGGCGGGCAGCCCCCCCCAGGAGCAGCCCAACUCCUGGAGCCGGCCCGCCCCCGCGGCCGCCAGCGACGGCAGCAGCGACAGCCAGGAGGGCCGCGCCCAGCGCCGGGACAGGACGCCCGGCGAGGAGGCCCCGCCCCCGCCGCUGCCCCGCCCCGACCUGGACCCACGCGUGCUGUGCAACACGGGCUGGGGGCAGACGCCGGUGCGGCAGCACACCGUGUGGGACAUGGAGGAGGCGUCCCGCGCCGAGCGCAAGGGCCACAGCGGCACCGAGGCCUGGGGCGGGGCGGCGGCCCCCCCCUCCGGGGCCCCGGGGCCCAACGGCGCCGCCGCCGCCGCUCCCAGGCCCGACUCGGGCGGCAAGGCCGAAGGGCCCGUCCCCGGCGGCUGGGGGGCCCCUGCCCCGGCCCCCCCCGCGCCCCCCCAGCCCGGCUCCGGCUGGGGCGAGCAGCCCGCCGCCAAAAAAGUGCCCAACGGAUCCGGGGGCUGGGGCGACGCCCCGCCGGGGGGCCCCAACGCCAGCGCCCCCAAAGCCAGCCAGUCCUGGGGUCCCGAGGAGAAGUCCCCCAGCUGGGACGACACCCCCGCCAAGCCCAAAGCGCAGAGCUGGGGCGAGGGGCCCAAGCCGUCCCACGGCUGGGGCAGCGGAGGGGGCGGGAGCGGAGGAGAGUGGGCGGAGCCCGGAGAGGGGAAGAGGAACGGGACGGCCGGUGGCCCCUGGGAGGGGGAGGCGGGCAGCUGGAAGGACCCCCCUCGGGGGUGGGGCAAAUCGGCUCCGGGGUCGGGCGGGGGCGGGGGUGGGGGCGGGGGCUGGGGCGAAGGCCAGCGCCCCGCCGCCCCCCCGCAGAGCUGGGGAGGGAAGCCCCAGGACGGGCCCAGCGCCAACGGCAAUGGCGGCGUGGGCGGGGGCGCGGGGUCCUGGGGCGGCCCCACCUCGGUGAAGCAGAGCGGCUCGGGCCCGGGCUGGGGCGGGACGGGCCCGGGGGGCGGCGGGGCCAAGCAGGACCCCGGGGGGGAGCCCACGGGCUGGGAAGAGCCCUCCCCUCCCUCCAUCCGCCGCAAGAUGGAGAUCGACGACGGGACCUCCACCUGGGGCGACCCCACCACGUACAACAAGACGGUCAACAUGUGGGACAGGAACAACCCUGUGGUCCAGAGCACCCCGGGGCCCAACGCCAACCCCAACCCAAACCCCAACCCCCCAGCGCCCAGCAACAACAACAACAACCACAACCACCACCACCACCACCACCACCACCACCACCACCCGCACCACCCCCACCACAACCAGCCCCCCGCCCAGAGCCACGGCAACAACAACAACGGCUCGCCCAACGCGCCCGCCCCCCACCAGCCCGGACCCCCACCCAACAGGCCCCCGCUGGUGGCUCCAGGCUGGGGCGAGCUGCCCAGCGCCCAGCCCAAACCGGAGCCGUCCUGGGGGGAGCCGCCCGCCCCCGCCGCCGCGGUGGACAACGGGACCUCCGCCUGGGGCAAGCCCCCCGGCAGCAGCGGGACCUGGGGCGAGGGCGGCCACGACGGGCCGGGGCCCGGACCCGGACCCUACGGCAGGGGCGGCGCACCACCAGGAUCAGCCCCCUGCAAGCCAGCCCCCAAACCUAUGCAAGACGGCUGGGGAGGCGGUGGGGAGGACCUGAGUCUGUCGGCGGGACAGUGGGAGCCGGACGAUGGCGACAUGUGGAACAGCACCGCCUCCCAGGAGAGCAACUCCUCCUGCAGCUCCUGGGGGAACCCGCCCAAGAAGGGCCCACCCAAGGGGAAGGGGUCUACCAAGCAGGACGACGCCUGGAUCAUGAGCCGCCUGCUCAAACAGCUCACAGACAUGGGCUUCCCGAGAGACCCGGCUGAGGAAGCUCUGAAAAGCAACAACAUGAAUCUGGAUCAGGCAAUGAGCGCCUUGUUGGAAAAGAAGACGGAACUGGACAAGCGGGGGAUGGGAAUUUCUGACUACAACAACGGCCUGGUCAGCAAGGCGCUGGGCUGCCGGGCCCCAGCCAUCUCCAAAGAGUCCUCCGCGGACCGCACCCCCUUCCUGGACAAGGACGGCGGCCUGGCGGAAGACGCCCCAACCUCACCGUUUAUGCCUUCUCCCAGCCUGAAGCUCCCGCUGUCCAGCACCGGCCUCCCCAGCCAGGGCCUGGGUGGGGUCGCCUCCGGGCUGGCCAUGCAAAACCUGAACAACAGACAGAUGCAGAGCGGAAUGUUCGGCAGUAGCGGAGCAGCACAAGCCCGGGCCGUGCAUCAGCAGGCUCCUCCCCCUCAGCCGUCAGUGCCGCCUCUCAACUCCUCCCAGCCUAAUCUCCGCGCUCAAGUGCCUCAGUUUCUCUCCCCUCAGGUUCAAACACAGCUCUUGCAGUUCGCCGCAAAAAACAUUGGUCUCAAUCCUGCACUUUUGACCUCACCAAUAAACCCUCAGCAGAUGACCCUGUUGUACCAACUACAGCAGCUGCAAAUGGCGUAUCAGCGUUUACAGAUCCAGCAGCAGAUGAUGCAGGGUCAACGCCCGUCCGGACCCAUCCGACAACAAGAGCAGCAAGUUGCACGUACAAUCAAUAACAUGCAGCAGCAGAUCCAGCAGCACCAGCGCCAGCUGGCCCAGGCCCUCCUGAUGAAGCAGCAGCCUCCUCCUCCUCCUCCUUCUCACUCCAGCCUGCAGCCCAGCGCCGGAAAAUCAGCCCUGGACGGCUUCCCCGGCCACGCCCAGGGCCCGGGCCUCUCCGACCUGCAGACCAAAGAGCCGCAGUCUUCGCCCAACUCCUACGCCGCGUACCCGCUCUCUGGACUCAAUCCAAACAUGAAUGUAAACUGCAUGGAGGUGGGGGGCGUGUCCAUGAAGGACGCUCCUCAGCCUCAGUCCCGCCUCUCGCAGUGGACACACCCCAACUCCAUGGAGAAUCUCUCUGGCAACCCCUCCCCUCUGGAGCCCAACCUCAACAAGCACGGUGCCAUCCCCACCGGCGCCAGCCUGGCCCUGGCGGGAAAGCCCCCCAUGGACGACUCGUACAGCCCCUACAAUCUCAUGCCCACCUCCGAGUCGCCCGCCAGCCCGCUGGCGCCCCCCGACAGCUGGGGCCCGGGCAAGGGCGCCAGCGAGAAGAUCUCCAACGGCACCAACAUCAGCUGGCCCCCGGAGUUCUGUCCCGGGGUGCCCUGGAAGGGGCUGCAGAACAUCGACCCGGAGACGGACCCCAACAUGACCCCGGGGAGCGUCCCCAGCGGCCCCACCAUCAACACCAACAUCCAGGAUGUGAACCGCUACCUGCUGCGGGACCGAAGCGGAGGCGCCUCCCCCACCUCUCAGAAUGGCGCGCUGCCUCCCUCCAGUGACUGGCCAGUCAGUGCCUACACUAGCUCCUUCAGUUUGUCCUCCUCGGACAGUGACGGUGAAGGUAAACUGUCCGACAUGAAGUCCACCUGGUCUCCGGGGCCCAUCUCCCACACGCAGGCCUCGCUGUCCCACGAGCUGUGGAAGGUCCCCCAGGGCCCCCCGCGGAACACCACGGCCCCCUCCCGCCCUCCCCCGGGCCUGACCAACGCCAAGCCCUCCUCCACCUGGGGGGGCAACGCCCUGGGGCUGGCGCCCAGCUGGACGGGCUCGUACUCCUCGGCAGGUACUACUUGGAGCACAGACAGCUCCAGCAGGACCAGCAGCUGGCUCGUCCUGAGGAACCUCACUCCUCAGAUCGACGGCUCGACGCUGCGGACGCUGUGCAUGCAGCACGGGCCCCUCAUCACAUUCCACCUCAACCUGACCCAGGGCAACGCCGUGGUGCGCUACAGCUCCAAGGAGGAGGCCGCCAAGGCCCAGAAGUCCCUGCACAUGUGCGUGCUGGGAAACACCACCAUCCUGGCCGAGUUUGCUGGGGAAGAGGAGGUGAACCGUUUCUUUGCACAAGGCCAGUCCCUGACGCCCACCACCAGCUGGCAGCCCAACCCGGGAACCAAUCAGACGCGGCUGGGGGGCGCGGGGGCGGCGGCGGCGGCGGCGCACGCCAUGGGCCACUGGAACAGCGGCGGGCUGGGCGGAGCCAAGGCCGGCAGCGACCUGCUGUGGGGCGGGGUCCAGCAGUACUCCGGCCUGUGGGGGCCCCCCAGCGGGGAGGACGCCAGGGUCAUCGGGAGCCCCACCCCAAUCAACACGCUGCUUCCCGGGGACCUGCUGAGCGGGGAGUCCAUGUAGAGGAACCGACCCGACCCGACCCAAACGGAGAGAGAGACGCGCCAGAGAACAGAACAACGCCGGAGCAGAAACCAAGCCAAUCAUGUGACGAUAAUCAGAGAAUCAGUAUCUAGAGAACUGUGAACCAGGACCCAGACGGCCCCGGGCAGCUCUGAAGCUGCUGCUCUUUCCCUUAUCCAUCUUUCUUUUUGCGUUCCUUCUUUACUUUUUUUUUUUUCUUUCUUCCCAGAAAGGGUUGGGUUUGAGUGUUCAAAGCCGUCGUCUUUGCGGAAUUGAAACAAAAAAAAAACAAAGACUAUUACGUCAACAAAGGAAAGAGAACCGUGUAGUGAUUAUACUUACUUUUUUUUUUGAAUAACUGACAUUCGUCGUGAAGUGUUUUUAAGAGAAGUGAAAUAAAAAGCUGCCAUUUUUAAGCUUCCCUUUAGGCCCUCCCACCUCAUGAACCAGCCCCCCCCCCCCCCCCCCCGU